UCUUACAAAGUAUUUUUUUAUAAAUGCAUAAAUAUAAAGAAUAUCAUUUUAUAUAUAAUAAAUAUGUUAUUUUUAUAAUAUAGAUUGUAACUAAAUAACAAUAUUAUGUAUUAUUUGAUAUUAUAAUAUAAACAAUAAAAAUAUUAAGGAUAUUAAUAUUUGUAAUAUUUAUAAAAUAAGAUAACCUAAAAUUUUAACCUAAUACUUUUUUAAUAUAUAUAAUGGAGUGGCAGAAGAUAUUAGAAGUUCUUACAUGUACAUCAAAAUCAACAUUUCUUUUACAAAAAAAUAUAAAACGUGAAGAUGAAGUUAUGUUUCAUUUAUGGAAUGAUCAAAAUAUAAAAAAGCUUGUACAUUUAUGGUUGGAAGAUCAUUAUAAUAAAAAAGAAUUUAAAUCUAUUACCAAAGCACAAUCUUUUAAAAUAAUGGGAAAUAAAGAAUUUCAAGCAAAAAACUAUAUGAAAAGUGUUGAAUCAUAUACAAAAUGUGCUCUUUAUGCCCCUGUGAAUAGUUGUGAAUUAUCAAUUGCAAUUGCAAAUAGAUCUGCUUCAUUAUUUUAUUUAAAUAGAUUUGAUGAUUGUAUAAAAGAUAUUGAAUUAGCAAUUAAAUUAAAUUAUCCUAAACAAUUACAUUAUAAAUUAUAUUUACGUGCGAUACAAUGUUAUUUAAAAUUAGGCAAACAUCAUUUAGCUAAAGAAACACUAUCUAAAAUACAAAAUUUAAUUCAUGAUCCUAAUUAUAUGAAACCUUCUAUGAGAGAUAAUAUUGAAAAAAAAAUAUGUAACAUAACAUUUAUUGAGUCAUGUGUUCAAGAUAUUGUACACAAUACUGAUGAUAUAUUGAAAAUAAAAUCCCAAAUUAUAUUUGAAGAAAAUACGAAUUUUCCUAAUGCAUCUAUAACUGUAGAUAGAAUACAUAAUGAUAAAUUAGGAAGGCAUGUAGUAGCAAACAAAUUUAUUAAAAAAGGUGAUAUUCUUUUUUUGGAAGAACCUAUCAGUUUUGUGUUAUUAAAUCAUGAUACAUAUAGCUUUUGUCAAUACUGUAAUAAUUUGAAUACUGACAUUCCUGUUCCAUGUAGAACAUGUUUAAAUACUUUUUAUUGCAAUGAAAAUUGUUUAACUAAAGCAUGGUCUUCGUAUCAUUGCUGGGAAUGUCCAGGAAAUCAAAUGAAUCUUUGGAAAGAAAUUGGAAUAGGACAUUUAGCUCUCAAAGUUUUAUUAACUUGUUCAACUAUAACAGAUAAGAUUAAAUUCAAUGAAAUGCAAAAUUUAGUUACUAAUUUUGACAAGUUAUCUAUGGAUGAUUUAACUAUAUAUGGAAUUACAGCUAUUAUGCUUACUAUAUACUUAUUUAAAUAUACAAUUUUUUUAAAAGAAUAAUCUCGAAGAUUGUUUAAUGAAAAAAUUUUUGGAUAAUUUUUUUAAUUUAAAUUUUAAUAUUUUAACAAAUAAUGACAAACAACUUUAUAUAAGUUCUUUACUUUUACGAUAUAUUCUUCAACUUAUUAGUAAUGGACAUGCCAUUACAAAAUCAAAUAUAUUUUUAAUAAAAAUGAUUCUUCCAUUAUCCAACAAGAUAUUAUAGCUACAGGAAUUUAUCCUUCUGCAAGUAUAAUGAAUCAUUCUUGUGAUCCUAAUAUAAUUAACAU